GCCUGUCACAUCCCGCCAGUGAAGGCUGGACGACAGGACACUACCUGGGACGGGAGCAGACAGGAGAAGACGUAGGAGGACAGCUGAUCUUCUCCAACAUGGACAGUAGGGGGAGGAGAGGCACCAACGGGUCGCUCAAACGGUCGUCCAUCAAACGCAGCGCCUCCUCUGCAUCGCAGAAGACUCAGCGUGCGUGGAUCGAGAGAACCUUCCAGAAAAGAGAUUGCAUCCAGGUUUUCCCCAGCAGAGACGCCAACAGGUGCGCUUGUGGCCUGCCGGUGACGCAACACACCUGCGCCCCCUCAGGGUCUAAAGAGGAGGGGGCCCCCCUGGUUCAGCUUGAGGUCCAACCGGCAGAGAAAUGGAACCCGGUGAAACACACCCAGAGCUCACCUACCGACGCCUACGGGGUCAUCGAGUUCCAGGGAGGAGGACACGUCAACAAGGCCAUGUACAUCCGGGUCGCAAACGACUCUAAGCCGGACCACCUCCUCCACCUGAUGGUGAAGGAGUGGCAGCUGGAGCUCCCCACGCUGCUCAUCUCAGUCCACGGGGGCCUGCAGAACUUUGACCUGCCGCCUAAACUCAAGCAGUUCUUCGGUAAAGGACUCAUCAAAGCCGCAGUGACCACCGGAGCCUGGAUCUUCACCGGAGGAGUCAGCACCGGAGUGAUCCGGCACGUCGGAGACGCUCUCAAAGACCACUCGUCCAAGUCCAGAGGGAAGGUGUGGGCCAUUGGCAUUGCACCGUGGGGCAUCAUUGAGAACAAAGAGGACCUCAUCGGGAAAGAUGUGACCCAUCCCUACCAGACCAUGUCCAACCCGCUCAGCAAGUUGUCGGUCCUGAACAGCAGCCACUCCCACUUCAUCCUGUCCGACAACGGGACCGCCGGCAAGUACGGCGCCGAGGUCCGACUCCGCCGCCAGCUGGAGAAACACAUCGCCCUGCAAAAGAUCAACACACGUCUGGGUCAGGGCGUCCCUGUUGUGUGUCUGAUAUUGGAGGGGGGUCCCAAUAUAAUCUCCAUUGUGUUGGAGAGCCUGAGGGAGGAGCCUCCCGUCCCCGUGGUCGUCUGCGACGGCAGCGGCCGAGCGUCCGACAUCAUCUCCUUCGCCCACAGAUACUGCGGCGAAGACGGAUUGCUGAGCGACAGCGCCAAAGAUCAGCUGAUGGUCACAAUCCAGAAGACCUUCAACUACAGCCGGAGCCAGGCACAGCAGAUCUUCCUCAUGGUGAUGGAGUGCAUGAAGAAGAGAGCGCUGAUCACAGUGUUCAGGAUGGGCUCAGAGGGACAACAGGAUAUUGAGAUGUCCAUCCUGACAGCUCUGCUCAAAGGUACCAACGCGUCGGCGUCCGACCAGCUGAGUUUGGCACUGGCCUGGAACCGGGUGGACAUCGCUCGCAGUCAGAUCUUUGUGUACGGUCACCACUGGCCCCCUGUGAGCUCCUCCCCCACCGACCGGCCCAAGAGUCCGAUGGCCCAGCGAGCGGCAGCGGGCGGCGUGAAGGGCAAAGGCCGGGGAAAGAAAGGAAAAGGGGGCAAAACCAAACCGGAGCCCCCGGAGGAGACGGACCCCAGGAAGCUGGAGCUGCUUAGCUGGGUGAACUCGCUGGAGCAGGCCAUGAUGGACGCUCUGGUGCUGGACAGGGUGGACUUUGUGAAGCUGCUGAUCGAGAACGGAGUGAACAUCCAUCACUUCCUGACGAUUCCUCGCCUGGAGGAGCUGUACAACACGAAGUUGGGGCCGACCAACACGUUGCAUUUUGUGGUGAGGGACGUAAAAAAGGGGAACCUCCCUCCAGACUAUCAGAUCACGCUGAUCGAUAUCGGCCUGGUGCUGGAGCUGCUGAUGGGCGGAGCCUACCGCUGCAACUACACCAGGAAGGGCUUCAGGGCGCUGUACACCAACCUGUACGGCCUCAAGCGACCUAAAGCUCUAAAGCUUCUUGGAAUGGAGGAUGACGAGCCCAGAACGAAGGGCAAAGGCAAGAAGAACAAGAAGAAGGAAGAGGAGGUGGACAUUGACGUGGACGACCCGGAGGUCUGCAGGUUCCAGUACCCGUUCCACGAGCUCAUGGUGUGGGCCGUUCUGAUGAAGCGGCAGAAGAUGGCGCUGUUCCUGUGGCAGCGGGGAGAGGAGGCCAUGGCAAAGGCCCUGGUGGCCUGCAAGCUCUACAAGGCCAUGGCCCACGAGUCCUCCCAAAGCGAGCUGGUAGAGGACAUCUUCCAAGACCUGGAGAACAACUCCAAGGAGUUUGGUCAGCUUGCCUACGAACUGCUGGAUCAGUCCUACAAACACGACGAGCAGGUGGCCAUGAAGCUGCUGACCUACGAGCUGAGGAACUGGAGCAACUCCACCUGCCUGAAGCUGGCUGUUGCCGCCAAGCACAGAGACUUCAUCGCACACACCUGCAGCCAGAUGCUGCUGACGGACAUGUGGAUGGGCUGCCUGAGCAUGGGCAAGAGCAACUGCCUCAAGGUGAUUCUGGGGAUCGUCUUUCCUCCUGCAAUUCUGCUGCUGGAGUUUCGUUUGGGAGACGAAGGUUCGUUUCAUUCGUCCAAAGAGAACAAGGAGACUAAAAGCAAAGAGGAGGACACUAAAUCCAAUAAGGACACCGUCUCCAAUGUCGAUGCUACGCCGAAGAAAGAAGACGAAGAAGAGGAGCAGAAGGAUCACAAGAGGAGGAUUCCCAUCGGGAAGAAGAUCUACGAGUUCUACAACACUCCGUACACCAAGUUCUGGUUCAACACGAUCUCGUACCUGGUGUACCUGAUGUUGUACAACUACAUCAUCCUGGUGAAGAUGGAGCGAUGGCCGUCUCUGCAGGAGUGGAUCGUCAUCUCUUACAUAAUCACUCUGGGACUGGAGAAAGUCAGACAGAUCCUGAUGUCGGAGCCGGGGAAGCUGAAGCAGAAGAUUAACGUUUGGCUGGAGGACUACUGGAACAUCACUGACCUGGCAGCCAUCUCCGUCUUCCUGCUGGGUUUGCUGCUGCGACUGCAGAGCGAGCCCUCCAUGGGCUAUGGCCGCGUCAUCUACUGCGUCGACAUCAUCUUCUGGUACAUCAGGGUCCUGGACAUCUUUGGGGUCAACAAGUACCUGGGGCCCUAUGUCAUGAUGAUUGGCAAAAUGAUGAUCGACAUGCUGUACUUCGUGGUCAUCAUGCUGGUGGUGCUGAUGAGCUUCGGCGUGGCUCGACAGGCCAUCCUCCACCCGGACGAGAAGCCAACGUGGCGUCUGGCCCGAAACAUCUUCUACAUGCCGUACUGGAUGAUCUACGGAGAGGUGUUUGCAGACUCCAUAGACCUGUACGCAAUGGAGAUCAAUCCUCCGUGUGGAGACAACAUGUACGAUGAAGACGGGAAGAAGUUUCCUCCCUGCAUCCCCGGAGCCUGGCUCACCCCGGCCAUCAUGGCCUGCUACCUGCUGGUGGCCAACAUCCUGCUGGUCAACCUGCUCAUCGCCGUCUUCAACAACACCUUCUUCGAGGUAAAGUCCAUCUCCAACCAGGUGUGGAAGUUCCAGCGGUAUCAGCUGAUCAUGACCUUCCACGACCGCCCCAUUCUGCCCCCCCCCCUCAUCGUCGUCCCCCAUAUCUACAUCCUGCUGAAGAGGCUGUGCUGCUGCUGCAGCCGGAGGCCGGAGGGAGACCGCUACGACCGCGAGAGGCGCCUCCAGCUGCUGCUGAGCGCCGAGGAGCUGAAGAACCUGCACGAGUUUGAGGAGCAGUGUGUGGAGGAGUACUUCAGGGAGAAGGACGACGAGAAGCAGUCCUCUAACAACGAGAGGAUCCGAGUGACGUCUGAGAGGGUGGAGAACAUGUUCAUGCGUCUGGAGGAGGUGAACGAGCGGGAGCACUCGAUGAAGGCCUCCCUGCAGACGGUGGACCUCCGCCUGGCCCAGAUGGAGGAGUUCUCCGGCCGCAUGAUGAACGCCCUGGAGAAGCUGGCGGGCGUCGACCGGGCCCAGCUGGUCCGCCAGCACUCCAGGGCCUCGUCGGUUUGCGAGCCGGCUCAGCUGCUGCUGAGACACGGCAGCAUGAACAGCGCCGACGGGUACAGUCUGUACCGAUACCAGCUGGACCAUGAGGACCGUGUCUCCGUGUCCGGAGAGGGCGAGGGUGGACCGCCAGGACCGACCGACAGGAAGGACCAGCUGAGUCCGGAGAGAGGACACGCCACAGCUGAGGUGAAGGAGUUCGGCUCGACUCUGGAGGUUACAGGCCCGAAGGAGAGGACGCAGUCUCCGUCCAACGUGGACAUCCUAAUUGUUCCCUGCGACCCCGGCCUCCGAGCCCCCGACCCGGAGCCAGCGCCGCCCCAGUGCCAUGCGAGGGACGCUGAUGGUGAGAAACCGGUGGAGAAAACCAGACUGGGCUCACGGCGGGCGUCCACAUCUCACAGCACGCCUCAGCGUCCCUCCCCCCGAGUCCCAGCGGGGGGGGACCACGGCAACGAAGACAACCAGAAAACGGAGGAAAUAUCAACGGCACCUUCUGGCGGGGAUCAGGGGGGCGAGACGAUGGACCAUAACCACGGUAACGGAGGAGGAGGGAGGGCGGCGGCGGAGGAGGAGGAGUUGCUGAUGGUGGAGGACAGGAUGUACCCGACGCUGCGCUCCAAGAGUCUGAACACCAACCCGAGGAAGACAAGGACAAAGAAGGAGACCGGGGAGACGCCUCACUCAGCCAGCAGCGUCACAGACCUCAGCGGGGGGGCGGGAGGCGACCUCUGAGGCGACCUCUGAGGCGACCUCUGAGGCGACCUCUGAGGCUUCUAAAGGAGUGAGGAGCUGUAGAAAACACCUCAAAGAGACAAGGAAGAAAUACACAAUCCAAAGCAACAACAAAGAGAAACAAAGUAUUUAACUACGGUUGUAUGAAUCCAGCUUCACGCUGGACUAUCUUCUGUCUCGCACUUGCGCAGGUCGAGUCUUCAUACCAAUAAAGUCAGCUGACCCUGGAUGACCCGCCCGGCAUGUAUAAGUGCCGGUGUCGUCCUGAGAUCAUUAGAGGGCCGAGGGGCGAGCGUGAGUUGGGAAAAGGAGUUUCCAACACGACCCUUGUGGGCUGCGGCAUCAUGAGCCUCCGGUAAAAGGUUGUCUGUGACCCGACAUCGGGCCUCAAUGAGUCCUCGGGCGAAACUAUGAGGGCCGCUGGCUGGUUCAAUGGACGGCAUACGGGCGAGGCCAAAUUUUGCUGCGUCCAGCAAGGGCGCCAGGGCUCGUUCAUCCGACGCGUGGCGGGACAGAGCUGUGGUGUCCCUCCAGCAUGCAUGCAGCUCCCUCAGAUAUUCGCCUGAGGGAGCCACUGGCCAACGGGAGCUCCGGCGGCUGCCUGUCCAACUGCAGGACAGGACUGCACGCCGCUGGCAUGCCGAUGAGCGACGCCAUGGACGCGCUCUGCGCUGAGGAAUAGCAACCCGGCCCAGGAGUGUGGAGGAGCUUCCCUGUACUCGGUGAAGAGAUCGGCUGUUAGUGAGAUAACCCGUCCUCAGGCUCGGGUGGGUCUGCAGCUUUCGGCCCCUCCUGCACUGUGAUGGAGGUCCAGAAGAAGUGACUUCAUCUGGGUUAGCUCGGCGGUCAGCAGAUCCCCUCCAGAGGCCUGCUGGCCUUAGCCCUUUGUGUGGGACAGGGGAAGCGCUCUUAGUGGCCCACACUGCUCGACGCAUGAUGUCCGUACACGCCUCUUCCGACAGUCAGGUGCUUGAGGCCAAGGCAAGAGGGGCAGAGGUCACGGUCGUCCUGGGGCUGAAGAGGAGCCACACAGGUCCUACAGCUGGGGGAACGAGACAUGGUCACAUUACAGCAGCUUAAGCGGAAGCGCUCUGCUGGAUGUUACUGGGACAGUGAGAGACGCUUCUAGGCUUCUUCACCUCGACAACCGCUGCAAAAGGCCAGAGAAAUGAACCCGAUCCGACAUAGUGGAAGAGGAGUGAGGACGUGUUCACUCUCCACCAGCCGGCCUGAGUGGCAGAACGUUGGGGGAGUCGAAAGAAAGCAAAACCAGCCCGCGGUGAGAGGGGAGGGAAUCAGGAAGUUACUGCAGAUAUUAAUGUCUAACGGGACGCAGCGCGCCGAAACACGUCUGGAUCUUAGAGAAUCAAGCUUCGCUACCCGAGUAGCGAGAAGGUGGAAUAGGACUGAUCUCAGGAUGACACCAGAGCUUCUACAUGGCGGCCGGGUCAUCCGGGGUCACACUCAACUGCGCAAGCGCGAGACAGGAGAUGAUCUGGUGUGAAGCGCCAAAAAAACACUACAGACACUAAAUGAACAUAAAGAGACACAAUAACAACAUGAAAAGACUAAACAGAAAUGCACAAACAAACGUAACGAGACACAAAAACCGACAAAGACCAAAUACGAACAUGAGCAACAAAAUACAUGAAAAGCAUCUGAGGACUCUGUUUGUUUGUCGAUCGAGUGGAGCGUAAGAAUAUUGUAGUUAUUAUAUUAUUGUUUGACCUGUGAAGUUAUUUAUUGGUUCUUCUUGUUCUGUAAUUAGUAAAUUCAAACAUAUUUUCAGAUCUUGAUCUAUGAUUUCGAAGAAAUCUUAGAGGAUUAAAGGGAAUAAAAUCUACUUCCACACGGAGUCAUUGCUUCUAAAAAUAAAAGACUGACUCCUCCCUUUUUUUAACAGUCUCCAUGUUUCCUUACCUUGUUUCCUUUCCUCACGUUGAGGUUCUUGCGUCGUGAGAUAUCAAAUACAAAUAAAUGCAAGAGAAAUGCAAAACAAAUAUAAUGGAGAUAUCAGUGGUAGUAGUAGUAGUAGUAGUAGUAGUAGUAGUAGUCUU